GCUCAUAACAGUCUGGAGACUCUGAAUCGCCGCUCGUCGAGCCAAGUGGAGCAGCAGCCGCACGCGCGACCAAUCCGCGCGCGAUGAUGGUGAUCCCGCAGCAAUAACCAAGGGCGAAUAGUCUGCAGUUGGUUAGCUCGGUGCUUCUUCAUCACAGGCCUUUUCUCUCCCAAACCUUGCAGCAAACAGGAUAGCGCGCGCCUUCGUGCAUGCACCCGUUGGCAGAGCGCCAGUGCGUGCGUGGCGUGGCUCAAGGCUGCGAGGUGGGAUCGUCGUGCCGGCCACCGCGUACGUCGCCGUCGGCAUGGCAGGGUUCCUGAUCAGAGUGUACAGCGGCUGGGGAGUCGAGCUCGCCGCCGUCUCCCUCGCGGCCUUCCUCCUCCGGUACGCCGUGGUGCCCUACGCGAACCACCUGGUCGCUAGCCUGAGCGGCCUGAGCGAGGUGGUCGCCAGUGACGCGGUCGUCGCGAGCUACUGCUACGCCUCGGGCCUCGACGGCGCCACCAUCUCCCGGCUGCCAUGCUUCGUGGCCGGGCGGCCGGGCGACGCUGCUGCCGUCGGCACGAUGGACUGUCCGGUGUGCCUGGGCGCUGUCGAGGAAGGGGAGACGGUACGGGCGCUCCCUGUCUGCCGGCACGCAUUCCAUGCGCGGUGCGUCGACGCCUGGCUGCGCCUGCGGCCGACGUGCCCCGUUUGCCGAGCGACGUUCAGGUGACGUUGAGACCGACGCGGCGGCCACGGCCAACGGGGACGCGACGCGACACAGUGGAGCGGCUGCUCGUUUGCAAUUUGAGCUCUGUGUUUUUUCUUUUCUUUUCUUUGAGAAAGAGUGGCCACAAAGUUGACGAGUUCGUUCCACUGAACAUGGGGAGAAAUUCCACGGCUAGAAUUGCUGCGUUGUUUCAUCACAGCUAUACAAACAUUUUUUUCCUAAAU